AUGGCCUCUCCCCUUCCUCCUGUUGCCACUAUUUUAUAUGAUAGUUUAAAUGGCCGGGUACGUGUCACAUCACCCUACCAGAGUAAAAGCGCCACGAAGAUUGUCGCCUGCGUACUCCUCCUCUUCUUGCCUGCCUGCCUCUCCCGGCACGCUCAGGGGCUGGCUUCAGGACUCCACGUUCCCCAGGGGUCUUCGCAUCCUCACCAUCGCUGCUACGCCCCUGAGGAGCUGUCCCAAGGCCAGCUUCCCUUCCACCUGAUAAGCAAAGGGGCCAGGUCAGCCCGCUCCCUGCCCGCUACCCUAGUCCCCAGCCUGGAAGCCGGGAGUCCAGCUCGGGGACGGGCACAUCCAGAGCCCCAGUGCCCAAUUCUCCAGUUUGAAAACGCGCACGAAGCAGAAGUCCGACAGCGAUCCCUGUCUCCUUGGAGAUACCGAAUUGACAUGGAUGAAAACCGGUACCCCCCAAAACUGGCCUUUGCAGAAUGCCUGUGCAAAGGCUGCAUUCACAUGAAAUCAGGUCAGGAGACAUCUUCCUUCAACUCGGUCCCCCUGCAUCAGAAAUUAAUGGUCCUCCACCGCAAGCCCUGCUCUCUGAAUGGAGAUGCUCAAGUAACCCCCGGCGCCUUCACUUUCCACAAAGAGUACAUCGAUGUUCCUGUGGGCUGCACCUGUGCCCUGCCCCGCUCUGGCUAA